AUGACUGAUCCCAACUUCCUUCACGCAGGGGACCACGUCCACCUCGGUCCUGGAGUAUCCUCGACUCGAAGAACGAAUCCGGCUGUAGAUCUAGAAGAGCUACCGCGGAUCGACUUGGUGCUUCUUUCUCAUUAUCACGGAGAUCACUUCGAUCGAAAAGUCGAAGCCUCCUUGCGCCGCGACCUUCCCAUCGUUACGACACCUCAUGCUAAAUCCAUCUUAACUUCUAAAGGGGAUGAUUCGUUCACGAGAGUAUCCAGCGUGGACGUCUACGAGCAGCUUACAGUCGAUAUCAAACCCGACCAGAAUGACGCACAGCGACAGCAACGGCCCAAGCUCCGGAUAACCGGUAUGCCAGGGAAACAUAUCCCGGUUGGAAAGCCGUUAGAGAAGCUGAAUGAGCUGGUAGGGGCGAUCCCUCCUACAAACGGAUGGAUGCUCGAGCUAGGUUACGGCGACGCAAACAGUUUCACCUCCGGGUACAGAAUCUACAUCUCAGGGGACACGCUCAUGUUCGAUGACCUCAAAGAGAUUCCGCGUCGGUAUGCAGGACAACCGAUCGACCUGAUGCUGGUUCAUCUAGGUGGCACAACGGUACCCUCGCCGGCCAUGUUGCCAUUGGCGAUGAUGGUAACCAUGGACGCGAAACAGGGAGUGGAACUGAUAAAGUUGAUUCGACCACAGGUGACCAUCCCCAUUCAUUAUGAUGAUUAUGACGUGUUUGCAAGUUCGUUGGAUGAUUUUCGGGCGCAAGUGCAGGCUGCUGGGUUGGAUGGGGAGGUUGUGUAUCUGGACCGGGGAGAGGAGUAUCAGUUUCGCGUCGUAGAAUAA